AUGGAGGAGUCCUGGCACAAGGCGAAAAUUACGCCCCAAAUAGCCGGAGUGUACCCAGGACCACCACCUCAAGUUAACCAGCCGGGUGCAAAAGCGGCGGAAAUCAGAGAAUUGAAGUUGGCACUGGAGAAGGAGAGAAAAGAACAUCAGGAAACUCGGUCCAAACUGAAAAGUUCCGAAGAAGAGCUGCAAUCCGCGUGGUCUCAACUCCAUGCUGCUUUUCGAGAUAAUCUGAAAUUUCUGAGAAUUGACAAUUUCAAAAAAGUUGACGAGCUGGAGCUAGAAAAGGGGGCGGAGCUUCUCCGGCUGGAACUCGAGGAGGCAAAUCGAAAAUACCAGAAUAUGAAGGAGUUUUUGGAGGGAAAGCUGGACGAGAAGGAUCGGGAAAUUUGGGAAAAGGAAAAAAUGCUAAAAGAAUCCAUCGAGAAUGAGAAUAGACUGAGAGAACAACACGAUGCUACAGUAACCGAGAUGAAAAUGAAAAUCCAGAAGUUGGAGGAAAAAAUGGACGGUGCGAAGAAGAACGCCUUGGCUCAAACCGUUCCACCAGGAGACAUCGAGACGCAACCAGCAACCAAAAUCGUCUUCAAAGGCCCAUACGCCGACCAGAUCACCUACCAUCAAUGCAUCAAAGUGAUCAACUCGUCCGCCCGUCGUAUUGCUUACUGUAUCAAAACCACCAAAAGACUCCGAGUCAACGUACCAUGUGGAGUCCUUGAACCAAAGGAGGGCGCCAAUCUCAUCGUCUCUUUCAAAAAACUCUUCGGACGGGUGGACGACCAUAUCACUGUGGAAUGGAUCAACACUCCGGAUGGAGCUGGAGAAUUCCGUCGUGAAUGGUUCCAGGGAGACAGUAUGGUUCGCAAAAAGAACUUGCCUAUCGAAUACAAUCCAUUUUCGGAAUAA